AUGGCAAUGACGAUGGGCCUGGCGCGUGUUUUUGGAUGCUACGCCUCGAUGAUGACGCGACUAAGUACUAAGAAUGAAAGUGUGUACACUGUCUCAUGUCGUUGGGCUUCUAAAAAAGCUGGCGGUUCUACAAAGAAUGGCCGCGACUCGGAGUCCAAACGGCUGGGAGUCAAGAAAUUCGGAGGCCAAAGUGUGGUCUCUGGCAACAUUAUCAUCCGACAACGUGGUACCAAGUACCACGUAGGCACAGGCGUGGGCAUUGGCAAGGACCAUACGAUCUUUGCGACACGCGACGGCUUUGUGCGCUUCUGGUACAAUACACCCAAGAAACGUCAAGAAGUAUCGGUCAAGAGCCAUCGCGAGGUGCAACGUGCAGUGGCCCAGAGCAGCGCGUAA